CUAUAAUUCCGUCCCCCUUUCCUUUCUUUCCCAGAUUUUCUCUAUCAUUAUUCUCGGCAACCAAACAAAUUUUUAGCAUGUAAUGACAACAGAACCCAUCAUUGUCCCAGCACCCAGCUUAGACUGAGAAACCAAAGUGAGUUAAGAGAGAAAGCUACCUUGAGAGAGAGAGAGAGAAAGAGGGAAGAUGGAGUCACCAUUCAGGGGAGAUAUACUGAAGGGGAAGGUGGCACUGCUGACUGGUGGAGGAUCAGGAAUUGGGUAUGAGAUAUCGAGGCAAUUGGGGAAACAUGGAGCCUCCAUCGCUAUCAUGGGUCGACGGAGACAAGUCCUGGAUGCUGCUGUCUCCUCUCUCCAUUCUCUGGGCAUCCCUGCUAUUGGGCUUGAGGGAGAUGUUCGCAAGCAAGAAGAUGCAGUUAGAGUUCUGGAAUCAACUAUCAAGCAUUUUGGCAGGCUCGAUAUUCUUGUGAAUGCUGCAGCUGGAAACUUCCUUGUGCCAGCUGAAGAUUUGUCCCCUAAGGGCUUUCAAACAGUGAUCGAUAUAGACUCUGUUGGGACAUUCACAAUGUGCCAUGAAGCACUUCAGUAUCUGAAGAAAGGGGGACCAGGGAAGAGCCCAUCUACAGGCGGAAUAAUCAUAAACAUCAGUGCAACGCUGCAUUACACAGCAACUUGGUAUCAAAUCCAUGUUUCUGCAGCCAAGGCAGCUGUUGAUAGCAUAACUAGGAGCUUGGCAUUGGAGUGGGGAACAGAUUAUGAUAUAAGAGUGAAUGGGAUCGCACCCGGACCCAUUGAUGACACUGCUGGUCUAAGUAAACUUGCACCUGAGGACGUAGUGAGAAAGGCAAAAGAGCAUGAGCCUCUGUUUAAACUGGGGGAGAAAUGGGAUAUUGCUAUGGCUGCCGUGUACCUUGCAUCUAAUGCAGGAAAAUACAUCAAUGGAACAACAUUGACUGUUGAUGGAGGACUAUGGCUGAGCAAACCUCGCCAUCUUUCAAAAGAGGCUGUGAAGCAACUAUCCCGAGCAGUGGAAAGGAGGUCGAGAAAAAUCCUCGUUGGGGUUCCUAAGAGCAAACUAUGAUAAUUCCUUCCAGCGAUGAGUUGCCAGAAGUGUGAUAUCCUAUAACAACAUAACUACAUCCCUGGAGCCAAACAGAGCUUAGAUUUUCUUCUCCAGAUUUCUGAAAAACCUACAAAUACCAUACGGGUUUGCUUGCAUUUGAUUAUUUUGCCAAAUGCAUCUUCUGAGCAUGGGUGAUGAAAUCACUGCUUGGGAGAUGGACGCUUCAUAUAUAUCGAACAAUUGAAUUGGUUCUUCAAGAGCAUGACUGAAUUUAAGCAGUUGGACUACAUUGUACAAUUGAAAUUGAAUUUGCUCUUGAAGAAGAUUAGAAAACAUUGUAAGCCGAGACAUCCCAUCUUGAAAAACAAUAUGGUAUAUGAAUGAAAACAUUGGGUUGUUUUCAGAUUAUUGU